GAGAACACACCUAAGAUAACAUUAACCGAGUGUCCUACCAUCGUUUAAAGGACCUGCUGAUAUUCAUCUACCAAACAUCAUGUUGAGAGUGUGUUAUAUUGUGGUGUUUCUUACCCUGGCUGUCGUUCAGGCACAGCAUAACGGCCAUCACCACAACACUGAACACGGAACCGUGUCCUUUGUCUACGACCCAGUAUCGCACUACCUGGUUGCGCGAACACAUUCUACGUGUUACUUCAUGGCGCUGGAUAACCAUCAAGUACAUCAAAUCCAUCAAGUGAACGGUCUAGAUCAGCUGGAGUUGCAAAUGAUGGCUUCUAUCAAUGGACAAGAAGAGGAACUGAGCACAUCUGUUCAGGCUCAGCUAUACAGCAUUGUGGAGCAUAGGUGUAACCACCACACGCUAUACCUCACUAACGCUGGGGCGACCACAACUCCAUCCCAUUAGGAUGUUCACGGUUCGACAUGUCAAAUGUUGUUAUUAAAACCAGGUCAACUGACAAAUAAAUACUUGUACAAAUGUGUCGGUCAUUUAUU